AUGCAUGCGGGUAUGGCUAGCCUCCGCAGCAACCUACCACUGGACAUCCCUGCCACCCCAGGCUCCAGCCACGGGGGCAGCGGCAGACGCCCCUCCUCCCGAGGCGGCCCUGGGGGAGGCUUAUCCAGGGUGGGUAGCAGCUCGGGCAGGGCAGACCGGCUGCGAAUGGGGAGUUCAGGAGGAGGAGGAACAGGGGGAACAGGAGCAGCGGGUGUGGUGGAUUAUUCUAGUCCGAGAUCUCAGCUGAUAGGGGCGCUGGGUAUGGGUCUUCCCCUGGUGCUUCCAAGCCCUAUGGCAUACCCUGGUGGUCCUGGCACGCGCAGUGGGAGGUACUCUAACCUUGCUUCUCCUUCCCCCUCUGCCGCCCACAACGCCACUGCCGCACCGUUCAGCAUGAAAUAUGCACCGCUCUCCACCCCUUCCCCCCGCUCUGCGGGCAUCUGGAGGGAUCUAGAACCUUCCCCUCUGUGGUCCAGACCCUUGAGUAGGGAGGGGCGGGCUAGGGCAACACGAAUGGCGCCUGGAGGUUUUGGAGGGGGAGGAGGGCGAGGUAGCUGGCUGGGGCAGAGUGUGGGAGGGGAUUCGGGGUCAGGGGGAGGGGAUUCGGGGAGAACGGGUUCAAGGGGAGGGGAUUCGGGUUCGAGAGGAGGAGAUUCAGGGAGUAGGGGGUCAAGAGGAGGGGACUCGGUGGCAGGGGAGGUGGUAGAGGUGACCGUGUCUGGUGCUGCUGGUAUGGCCACUGCUGCUGCCGUCUCUGCUGCCGUUGCAGCGGUCGAUGCUGCUGCUAACGCUGCUGAUAAUGCUAGUAGAGCUUCUGAGGCUGCUGCUGUGGAGGGGGGAGGAGGAGCAGCAGCAGCAGCACAGUCCUCGGCACGAAUACCACUAGUGGGAGCAGCAAGGCUGAGCGUGGGCGUCAGAGGAGGCACACUCAAUGCCUCGAAUUCCUAUAACGACUCGUCCGGAGCGUCAUCCCCCUCGGAUGAUGCAUUUGACUUCAACAUGUUUAACACGCAGAUGCGCGCCAAUGUCGCCCUGCCCUCCCCCUCAGCCACUGCUGCUGCUGCUGCUGGUGCUUCUGCUGGUGCUGGUGGUGCUGGUGGUGGUGCUGGUGGUGGUGCUGGUGGUGGUGCUGGUGGUGGUGCGGCAGGUGGCGUCACAGGGAUCAGCCUGCUGGAUGACUGGGGGUUCAUGGCCCCUCCGCCCGUUUCCCACAGCAUGCCCACCCUCUUCCCCCUGCCUGCCUCUGCCUCUGCGUCUGCUUCUGCCUCUGCUGCUGCUUCUGGUGCUGCCGUCCCAUCAACGUGGGUCCCCUUUGGUGCUGCUGGUAACUCGCAGCCGCACCUACUGCAGCAGCACUUGAUGCAGCCGCAGCAGCAGCAGGUGGGGGGGCAGGUUGGGUCCCGCCACAGGGCCAGCAACAGCUGGUGUCCGGAACUAGGAGCUUCCGCUGCUGCUGCUCUUGCACCCACCGCUGCUGCUCCCAACUGUCCUCCUAUCAGUGGCGUUCACGGGGUGGGCGGCAGUGCAAUCGGCGCUGCUGCUGGUGCUGGUGGUGCUGCUGCUGCCGCUGCUGGUGGUAUCGGAGGUGCGAUGGGCAGUGGGGCGGUAUCAGAUCCGUCGCUCUAUUCCCAGUUGGUGUCAGGCAAUUUCGAUCUUCUCACAGGAGGCUAUUCCCCUCCUCCCAACAACGAAUCCUUUUCUUCCUUCCUCACCACCUUCGCCUCUGGCCCUGACCCUCCACGCUGUACUGGUGCACCUAGUAUGUCUGCCGCACUGCCAGUCGCGCCAGCAGCACCAGCUGUAGCGCCAGUUCCUUCUGCUGAUGUAGCACCUGUUGCUGUAGCGCCUGCUGCUGCUGGUGGUGCUGCUUCCCCACCUGCCGCUGCAGCCUCAACAUCGGCCUACGUUGGUGCAGAGGCCAACUCAGCCCCUGCUGCUGGUGGUAACCUGGGCUGCAGCGGGAGGGGCAGUGGGGUCGGCGGUGGGGGAAGCAAUGGGAUGAGCACUGGGAAUGGUGGUGCUAGCCGCAGCUUGGUGGCGAGGCACCUGGCAGCUCUGGAGUCUGCCGUGGGUAGCUCUUGGCCCGGGAAAGAGGCUGGGGAAGGGAAGCAAGCUGCAAAGCCUUCGACUCAAAAGCUGCUCUCACGCUCCUCACUACCAUGCUCCCCCUCCUCAUCUGCUUUUGAGUCGACUCAAAAGCUGCUCACACGCUCCUCACUACCAUGCUCCCCCUCCUCAUCUGCUUUUGAGUCGACUCAAAAGCUGCUCUCACGCUCCUCACUACCAUGCUCCCCCUCCUCAUCUGCUUUUGAGUCGACUCAAAAGCUGCUCUCACGCUCCUCACUACCGUGCUCCCCCUCCUCAUCUGCUUUUGAGUCGACUCAAAAGCUGCUCUCACGCUCCUCACUACCAUGCUCCCCCUCCUCAUAUGCUUUUGAGUCGACUCAAAAGCUGCUCUCACGCUCCUCACUACCAUGCUCCCCCUCCUCAUCUGCUUUUGAGUCGACUUAA